AUGAGAAGUUAUAUUCUUGAUCUUUCAAACAACAAUUUGGAAGGGAGUCUACCAACUACUGUGAAAAAUUAUCUGUUCACUAGUGUUGAUUUGAGUUUUAACAGAUUUGAAGGCCUGAUUCCUGAGUUUGAACCUUCCCAACUCACUGUUUUAGAUCUCACCAACAACUCAUUCUCAGUCUUCUCUUUAUCUCAUAAUCAUAUCAAUGGAAGCAUUCCAUCCUUCUUUUGUAAUCUUACCUCCUUGGCAUUGCUUGAUUUAUCUAACAAUGAUAUGUCUGGAGGAAUUCCCCACUGCUGGAAUUCAACAUCAUUUUUGGAAGUUGUUGAUUUCUCUAACAACAAUUUUACUGGUAAAAUUCCUGAUGGCCUUAUGUCCUUAACCAAUCUCAGAUCCUUACAUUUGAGAAAUAAUGGCUUCUAUGGUGAUCUGCCCUUGUCCUUAAAAAUGGCCAACAAGUUGGUCACUCUCGACAUUGGUGAAAACAAACUCUCAGGUAACAUACCGACAUGGUUAGGGGAAAACCUUUCAUCUUUAGCGGUUCUUCGCUUGAGAUCAAAUUUAUUGGAAGGUGUCAUCCCAGAACAAUUAUCAAAACUCUCCUCUCUUCAAAUCCUGGACCUUGCACACAACAACCUAUCAGGUUGCAUUCCUCAUUUUUUUGGAGAUUUCAAAGCCAUGGCAUCCACAAACCACAAUCAAUGGUGGUCUUUGCUUCCCAUUGUCAGUGACGUAUAUUUUGCUUAUUCUUACUGGGGCAAUAGUAAUUCUCCAAAUAUAUUUGGCUACUCAGAAUCUCUCCUGAUAACAGCAAAGGGUUUGCAAAUUGAAUACCAAAAAAUUCUAUCAUUAGUCACAAGCAUGGACUUAUCAAACAAUAAGCUUUCCUGUGAGUUGCCUGAAGAACUAACUAAACUACAUGGGCUGCACUUCUUGAAUCUUUCUGGUAACCUUUUCAGUGGAAAGAUACCAGAUAAUAUCAGUGACAUGAAACAGCUGGAAUCACUUGAUCUAUCAAAGAACAAUUUAUCCGGCUCUCAUUCCAUCAAGCAUAUCUACUUUGAACUUUAUGGGUCAUUUAAACUUGUCCCACAACAGUUUGUCCGGCAAAAUUCCAUCAGGCAGGGCAACUUCAGACUUUCGAUCCAUCAGCCUAUAAUUGGAACAAUAAUCUCUGUGGACCACCUCUUCAGAAUUGUUUUAAUGAAACACAUUCUCCAAGUGCAAGUGAGGAAGAAGGAAACAAAGAUCAGUCAGAGAUGUUAUGGCUUUAUGUAA